UAUAUAAAAAAAAAUAUACAAUUUCCGUAUUAUUACCGCAAUGCGACUUUAUUACGAUCAUAUUUCUUAGUGCUUAAACAGUCACAAGUUUCUUACCUCUGACUAUUUGAAAAUAUAAAUGCAUUUUCUCUUUAUUUCCUAUUGAGUUUCACGUUCGCUUUAGCAGGAAACAAAUGCAAUAAGAUGUGCAUCGAAAAUAUAUUUCGCUAUUUACUGCACGCGCUCUUUAUUUUUGUGGUCACGAGUGAAAAUCCACUAACGAUCACUGGAAAUUCUAUGCAAACAGCAAGAACGGCGGAAUGCGUUUUAAAACUCUCUGCAAAAUAUUUUGUAGAGAAGAAAGCGCUCAGUGGCAGCAUCGUAAUAAUCAAUAUAAAUUCUUACGCUUCUGCAACACAAGUGCUUUUAUUGAAAACCAUUCACAGUGGAAUGAAGUAUUCAAUUAUGGUUAAAGAUUCUUUUUACCCGCACGCUAAUGCGUCGCAUUUCCCGGAGAAAGCUAAAAAUUAUAUGUUGAUUUUGGAAGAAAAAUCAGAGUUGGAAAGAAACAUAUUGCAGUUGAAUAAAUUGCCCACUUGAAAUCCUUUAGCGAAAGCAAUAGUUUUCUAUGAGUUGAAGGACAACGAGAGUGCGGAGGAAACUUCAAUUCAAUUUAUAAAUAAACUCCGUCACUACAAACUUUUUAAAAGUAUCAUUUUCAUAUACUCUCCUGAAGAGGACGAAGUGGUUUCAUAUACUUGGAGUCCUUACGAUGAUAUUAAUUGUGGUGGUAAAUGUAACUCUGUAUACAUUCUGGAUAAAUGCAAGGAUAACGUCAUACUUGAAUUAGUAACACAAAAGGAGAUGUUCCCUUUAGAUAUGAAAGGUUGUCCAUUAUCAGUGUACGCUGUGAUUUCUGAACCGUAUGUAAUGCCUCCAAUUAGAAAACGUAUUGUUGCUGAUUACAAUGAUUCGUACGAGUUCGAUAAAGGUGGGGAAAUAAAGUUAGUUAAAAUUAUUAGUCAAUUUACAAAUAUGUCUUUGGUUAUAAGAAUGUCAGAAACUAAGGAAAAUUGGGGGACUAUUUAUGGUAAUGGAUCAGCAACAGGUGCGUACGAGGUAUUAAGAAAUGAAAAGGUAGAUUUAAUUAUAGGAAACAUAGAGGUUACAAGAACUAUCCGAAAGUGGUUUCAUCCUACAGUUAGUUACACGCAAGACGAAAUGAUAUGGUGUGUUCCUAAAGCUGGCCGAGCUUCUACUUGGAACAAUUUAAUUACAAUUUUUCAAUGGUCGACAUGGCUUGCCACAUUUGUCAGUCUUGUAAUAAUGGGGCUUGUUUUCCAUUACUUUUACUAUAGAGAGCAGAACAGGAAAGUCACUAAAUGGCCUACAAAUUCCUUGUUGAUGACAUUUAGCAUGUUACUUGGUUGGGGAUCAUCAUUCGAGCCAAGAAGCGGUACGUUCCGCAUCUUAAUCUUCGUUUGGCUUCUCUUCAGCGUAAACAUGGGGAUUUCCUACGAAUCGUUCUUGAGAACUUUCUUAAUGCACCCGCGAUUUGAAAAGCAGAUAAGCACCGAAGCGGAUCUUAUACAGUCUCAGAUUCCUUUGGGAGGCAGAGAGAUUUACCGAUCCUAUUUUGAGACUAAUAACGCGAGCUCGUUUUAUUUGUAUCGCAAAUAUAGCUCGACAACGUUUGAAGAGGGGAUAAGGCGUACAGCUUUGAAUAGAAAUUUUGCUGUUGUCUCUUCGAGAAGGCAGUCUAUGUACCAAGAUCAAAAAUUAGGAAGAGGCGAAUCGUUGAUCUACUGUUUUCCAGAAAGCAAUAAUCUUUAUAAAUAUGGGGUCGUACUUUUAGCUAGAAAAUGGUUUCCCAUGUUGGAAAGAUUUAAUUCUAUUAUUCGGAGUGUUUCGGAGAAUGGCUUGAUAGAUAAGUGGAACGAAGAAUUGCUGAUUCGUAAAAGUAGUGUAGAGUUAACUAGUAGUAUUGCACCUCUGAGUGUUGAGCAUUUGUUGGGUGCUUUCAUGUUGAUUGGUCUGAUGUAUGUCAUAAGUAUUUUGACAUUUAUUGGAGAGUUGGUAUACAAUUUUAUAGAGAAAAAGUUUUAUAGAAAAAAAAAAUUCUUUUAAUUCUUUAAUCAAUUCAAAGAAAUAACUUUUAUUAUUUUUCAAAUAUUUCUAGACUAAAUAAACAGUUCAUAGUGUACUGUACUGUGAGCAUUGGUACAUUUAAAGUAAAUACAAACGUAAUAAUUUCUAAAUCACUCUUGAUUCAUAUAAAUAUAUAUUUUUGAAGACUAGCUUUUUCAUUUCACCUUCGAUUCUCAGACCAAUACGUAACCGAAGUUUGCUCAUUUCUUUUCAUACAUUAGUUAUGCUUUUUGUAUUAUACCUAAAAUGACUAAGAAGCUGACGGCUUACCUGAUGAAAACUGGUAAUCGCCGUCUACAAACAUGAAUAGCACCAUUGAUAUCGCAGAAGACAUUGUGAUGCAUAUGGUACCUCUUAUGCGUUAUAACUCACAACAAAACACCUUAGUCCUCAGGACUAAGGUGUUUUUAAUGAGGUGAAAAUUGAAUGGUAACCCCACCUGCGUUAUCGGUAUGCACUGUCAGGACACCAUCAAAGGAUGAUAGAUGAGAAUUAAGCGAAAUCAAUAUGCCCAUCGUCGUGAUAUCAGUAAGAACAAACCACGAUGGUUUUCAGGGAAGACCGUUUAGAGGUCGACAUGAUGGAGUAUAUUGCUAGCAAUGAGGACUAACUUCUCAUUAUUAAUUAUCUCACGUUCCCGGGACUAAGAUAUUAUGCCUGUGUACCUUGUUAUUUCACUGCCAUAUCCCACCUUUCGAACCGAAACAUUGGCAUGCAAGUACAGCUGUUUCAUGGCAGAAAUACGGAUGGGACAAAGGAUAAACUAUGCAAACGGCUUUUGAAUAAUGUCUCCCUGUAGCUUGUUAUAAAACAACGUAUGUAAUAUAUGAACGCACAAUAUUUACAAAGUCUCCACGAAAUAUCUCGUCAUUUAUUCACCAAUGAUGUAGCUUUAUUUAGAUCAAUAUUUACUUAUCUAAUACAAUUCCGACUUCAUAGCUUCCUAAUACCAGGUCAAGGUUAUAUUAUAAUGCAGGUUAAGGUUAUAUUUUAAUGCAGGUCAAUGUUAGCCGAAGUUCAACCAUUAUUCCACAAUUUGGCGCAUUUAUGUUAAUUUUUUUUAUACAACUUAAAAUGACAAACAUGCUGAUGGCCUACCUGAAAGAAAGUGGUAACGUCGCCUAUAGACAUGAGCAGUAGCAUGGACAUAACAGAGUAUACUGUUUCGCCCAUGAUACCUCCCAUGUGUUGCCAUUCCUGAGGACUCAGGUGUUAUUCCUCUGUACCCAGUAAAUUCACGCCAUAUCCCAUCCUUCAAACCGAAACAGCCAUGCAAACACAAUUGCUUCACGGUUGAAACACGAAUAGGUAAGAGGUAUUAAUUAGUUGCACCGACAAGAGGAAAGUCUUAAAUGAAAAGAGAGAGGCGACUGUUACCACUUUCCAUCAGGUGGGCCGUCAGCUUGUUUGCCAUUAUAAGUUGUAUAAAAAAAAAAGAUUGCUCAAAGUUCAUAUGACUUUUCUGGAAUUAUUGAAGCUACAGCCCCUUUAGGUAUAUGUUUAUGUUACCCCACAGAGCAUAACUGAAGCGAGAUAUGUUCUUAUUAGAGCCGCGAAAUAUUGACUCCCAUUUUCGGUAAAUAUCUGUAGGGAGACGUAAACUCAGGUUGGCUUUGGAUAAUGUCGGUCGAUUUGUUCUACACUAGCUGUGAACUGCAGCUUUGCUUGUCUCAAAUGCGAUUAGAUCAGCUGACCGAGAUAGACGUGUACACGCACUGUUGUUUAAUUUAAUGUUACUUUCUUAUUUAUUUAUUUUUUUAUUUUAUUUAUUUUUUGUAAAUAAAGUGUACUUAAUAAGUAACCGCACUCAUAGUCCCCAAGAUACAGGUCUGGCCUAUUUUGGGGACUGAUGGUAAUGCAGAUAUUUCCUCGUUUAAUAUAAAUUGUAAUUGUAAAUUGUACCUU